AUUCACUGAUAGUAAACGUAUCUUCAGAAUAUCCGGACUUAAUGAGAAGCUGAAGUUAUAUACAUCACUCGGCUCGCAUCUAGACCUUCAGCUUCAAUUCUCACCAUCGCCAUUGGCCAGUCUUCUUGCAUUUAACUCGACUUCAGACCCUUCUGCAAUGGCCGUCUCCGAAAAGGACGCGGGCAUGCCGUCCAGCGAAGACGCGGUGUACCCCGAGAUUGCGGACAGCAGUUCCAUCCCCAAGCAAAACGCAUUCCAACGCCUCCUUCACCGCACCAAUGACCUCGAUGAUCUAGGCCGAGACAUUCUGCAGCAAUCGCUGCAGUUUGACGAGGCGCAACUCGAGGCCGAUGCGAAGAAGGUCCGACGCAAACUGGAUUUCAUAGUUUUGCCGAUGGUAUAUGAUGACAACCACAUGCUGAGUUUCCUCGACAAGCAGACGCUCAACUACUCCCUUCCCUAUGGUCUCAGAGCCGAUACCCAUAUGACGCUCGGCGACUACUCAUGGGUCGCUUCGGCUCUUUAUUUUGGCUGGAUCGUCGCGGCAUGGCCCUGGAAUAUAGCUCUCCAGCGGUUCCCUAUCGCCAAGCUCAUCGGCGGCAUGCUAUUCGUCUGGGGCAUGCUGUGUAUGCUACAAGCGGCCGUCUUCAACUUUUCCGGAUUCUUCGCCAUCCGAUUCUUCCUCGGCAUGAUGGAGGCUUGCAUUUCGCCUGCCUGGGUCCUCCUGACUUCAAUGUUGUGGACACGCGAUGAACAGAGCAUGCGGACUUCCAUCUGGCUCUCGACCAAUGGCAUCUCGAGUAUCCUCGGAUCCCUGCUUUCGUACGGCUCGGGACAGGCUGUGGGACUCAAGAUUCCAAAUUGGAAGCUGAUUUAUCUUAUCGUCGGCGCCCUAACCUUCCUCUGGGGAUUAGUAAUUAUCACCUACCUCCCCGACGGCCCCCACAACGCCCGCAUGCUCACCCCCCACGAGCGCAUGGUGGCCGUCUGGCGCGUCUCCAAGAACCAGAUCGGUCUCAAGCACGGCACACUGAAACCCUAUCAAAUCAGAGAAGCCCUGCUCGAUGGAAAGUGCUAUCUUCUGUACGCGAGCGGUAUCGCCGUGGGUAUUCUCAACGGCGGCGUUGCCAACUUCUUGUCUGCCAUUAUCCAGGGUUUCGGCUACGAUGCCCUGCGGACGUCGCUUAUGCAGGCACCUGGUGGUGCCUUUGAGAUCGUGGCAUGUGUCUUCUUUGGCUGGGUCUCGCAGCGAUCGAAGAUGGUCGGGCCGGCUAUCAUUCUGGGGUGUAUACCGGGCAUGGCGGGGUUGAUUGGGAUUUUGAAAAUUCCAAUCGAGAAUCGGCUAGCACUGACAGCGUGUUGCUGGCUGCAGAAUUGUUUAGGGCCGUGUGUUGUGCUCAAUUGGACGGUGCCUGGCCUUAAUGUCUCGGGGCACACAAAGCGGACAGCCGUCAUGGGGACAUAUUUCGUUAUGUAUAUUGCUGGUAACAUCGCGGGGCCGCAUUUGUUUCUUGACGCUGAGGUGCCCAGGUAUCCUACAGCCAUAAAGGGGUUAUGUGGGAGUUAUGGCGCUUUGAUGGUGUUGCAGGGGUUGUAUAUGCUGUGGUGCUGGAUUGAAAAUAGGAGGAGGGAUCGGGCGAAUGAGCAUGUUCACGGCGAUCAGAAGUUGAUUGAGGGGUAUGAAGAUAUGACGGAUAAGGAGAACAAGCAUUUCAGGUAUAGGCUCUGA